CCGUUCGGUUCGCCUCCCCCGCACCUUUUGAACUUGUUGCUGCGGCUGCUCUGCCGGCCUGCGUCCGGCUCUGGGAAGGUGAACAGGAGGAGGGAAGCUCGGCAGGAUGGGGGAAGGGGCAGCUGAGCUCGUUUGAGCUUCAUUGAUGCUCCCGGGGCGCCCGGAUUCGGCGGUGGGCGAGCUGCUCCGUCUGCUUCUCCCUUUGCCGGUGCUCGGCGAGGAGAAAGUCUCUAUGCAACUCAGCCCGGGUGCACGCUCGGCCAGGCUCGGACCGCGGGCGAGGCGCGUUCUGGGUGCAGACAGAUGCUGCUGCCGCCCAGGCGGUGGCGGCUGCCAGCUCCCGGGCUCUGGAACUGUCACCCUGCACCUGAGCUGAACUUGAACAGAGAGUGAAGGGGCGACUGGACGAACGCUUCGGGCAGACACGAGGGGUGCUUGCGGAUCAGGGCAGGAGGACCUCUAAGGACGCCCCCACCGCGCCCGCCCCACCGCGCUCCCGCCUCUGUAAAUACAGCCCGAGGGACAGCGGUGGCCCCCGGACUCCCCAAGAGACCUGGGGCAGCGGCGGUGACCGCAUCUGGGAAGCUACAACAGGUCGCCUUUUGGAGACUCCGUUGGCGGGAAGGGCCACUUGAAAAAGGCAGGUUGGAAAGAGCCCAAGGGGAGGUGGGAAGCGUUCCUGGAGUCGUGGAAAGAAUACCACUGAGCGACUGUCCUUGGUUUUCUCUGCCCCACUACACAAAGCAAACCAGCCCCACGCUGUCCGCGUGUCAGAGGAGGAAGCAAAGACACCUGUUUGAAGAAACUGCUGCGUUCAAAGCCACCUGUGUACUUAUUGGUGCCUGGAGUGGCCUGGUCCACCUGCCGGGAAAGGUCUGGGCGUGAUUGCUAGGACCCUGUAUUUUGCAAAUAGCUGUCUUGGAGGGCAACUGGCCCUCCUGAAAACUGUGACUUCACCAGGAGCCCCACCGAGGAACAGGAGUGAUACCCCUGGGCCGCCUUCCUCUGGAGCACUGACUUGACCAGAGGGAGUGGGUGGUUGGGGCUACUUUGACCUACUGUCCAGGCCCGAUUGCCCGUCUGGCCUCCACGUCCAGGCACCAUGGCUGCGGGGGUAGCGGCAUGGCUGCCCUUUGCCAGGGCAGCGGCCAUCGGGUGGAUGCCCGUGGCCUCGGGCCCCAUGCCAGCUCCCCCGAGGCAGGAGAGAAAAAGGACCCAGGACGCUCUGAUCGUGCUGAACGUGAGUGGCACCCGUUUCCAGACGUGGCAGGACACCCUGGAGCGCUACCCGGACACCCUGCUGGGCAGUUCCGAGAGGGACUUCUUCUACCACCCGGAGACCCAGCAGUACUUUUUUGACCGGGACCCGGACAUCUUCCGCCACAUCCUGAACUUCUACCGCACCGGCAAGCUCCACUACCCUCGCCACGAGUGCAUCUCCGCCUACGAUGAGGAGCUGGCCUUCUUCGGCCUCAUCCCCGAGAUCAUCGGCGACUGCUGCUACGAGGAGUACAAGGACCGCCGGCGGGAGAACGCCGAGCGCCUGCAGGACGACGCGGACUCGGACAGCACCGGCGAGAACGCGCUGCCCACCAUGACGGCCCGGCAGAAGGUCUGGCGGGCCUUCGAGAACCCCCACACCAGCACGAUGGCCCUGGUGUUCUACUAUGUCACCGGCUUCUUCAUCGCCGUCUCGGUCAUCGCCAACGUGGUGGAGACGGUGCCCUGUGGGUCCAGCCCGGGCCACAUCAAGGAGCUGCCCUGCGGGGAGCGGUACGCCGUGGCCUUCUUCUGCCUGGACACGGCCUGCGUCAUGAUCUUCACGGUGGAGUACCUGCUGCGCCUGGCUGCGGCCCCCAGUCGCUACCGCUUCGUCCGCAGCGUCAUGAGCAUCAUCGACGUGGUGGCCAUCCUGCCUUACUACAUCGGGCUGGUCAUGACGGACAACGAGGAUGUGAGCGGGGCCUUUGUCACCCUCCGCGUCUUCCGUGUCUUCCGGAUCUUUAAGUUUUCCCGCCACUCGCAAGGCCUGCGCAUCCUGGGCUACACCCUGAAGAGCUGUGCGUCCGAAUUGGGCUUCCUGCUCUUCUCGCUCACCAUGGCUAUCAUCAUUUUCGCCACCGUGAUGUUCUACGCCGAGAAGGGGUCUUCCGCCACCAAGUUCACCAGCAUUCCUGUGGCCUUCUGGUAUACCAUUGUCACCAUGACGACGCUAGGGUAGGUGCCCACAAGGGAAAUGGGAUGGAGGUUGGAUAUUCUGUGGGGUGAUUGGAGACCCAUUGAAGUGAUAUCAUAAAUUAGAGGAAAUAAUUUUUCUCUCAUGAUCUAAAUGGUUUUGAGGAACUCUUUCGACCUAUGAAGGAGAUAUGAUAUAGAGAUUAAAGUACUCAGGGAGUUGACUACUGAUGCCUGAAAGUUGAUAAAUACAAUAAAUUGUAGAAUUCCUGAAUGUAAAGGCGGAUCAUCAAUAUUAUAAGUACAUAAAAACAUACUAAGAAUGAAAAACACAAAAUCUCUGCCCCUAUACAGGUAUAAUUAUGCACCAUAUUUAUUGAAAUGCCCAGAAAGUGCUCCAGUGUAUUCAAGUGA